GCUGAAUCGGUAAUGUUGAGAACGAUACUAAAAUGAUAAGAGUCCUAGUGUCCUCGAAACAUGAAACAAAAAAAAUGUAUUGAAUAUUAAAUUACAUGCAAAUAAUAAUAAUAUAAAAAUGAGUGGUGGAGUGGUACCUAGUAAAUCAACUGUUUAUAUUUCAAAUUUACCUUUUUCGUUAACGAAUAAUGAUAUACAUCAACUUUUACAAAGUUAUGGAAAAAUUGUAAAAGUAACAGUAAUGAAAGAUAAAAUAACAAGAAGGAGUCGUGGAGUUGCAUUUGUAUUAUUUCUUACUCCAGAAGAUGCUAUUACUUGUGCUAAAAAUUUAAAUAAUACAGAGAUAGGUGGCCGUACAGUAAGAAGUUCCAUAGCAGUAGAUAAUGGAAGGAGUACUGAAUUUAUACGUCGAAGAGAUUAUCCAGAUAAAUCUCAAUGUUAUGAAUGUGGAGAAGAAGGUCAUUUGUCAUAUAAUUGUAAAAACAAUACAUUAGGGCCAAGAAAUCCACCUUUAAAAAAGAUUCGAAUCAGAAAAAAACAUAAAAUUAAUAAUCAUAAUAUAAAUGAUUUUAAUAAAAAUAGUGAUAAUGAAUCAGCAGAAGAUAAUUGGGAUGAAGAAGUAGAAACAUUAAGUGCUGCUAUUGCAUUAGAGCAAAGACAAAAAGAAUUAGAAAAUAACCAAAAAUUAAGGAAUAAAGGCUAUGAAGAGGAAAAUCGAUCAGUUAAAAAAUCUGGCAAAAGAUAUAAAAAAAAUCAAUAUUUUAGUGAUGAAGAAGAUUUUAGUGAAUAAAUAAUAAAUAGAAUAUGAAUAAGAAUAUAAUAAUAUUAAAAAAUUAUAAUAAAAAUUUAAUUUAAGUUAUAUUUGUAAAUUAUUUUGUAUAUAAAUCUAUAAAUAAUUAUUUGUAUAUAUAUAAAUUGCAAUAAAUUUAUAGUAAAAUCUCCAA